AUGGCCAGAAUGAUCCUCGCUCUCGGUCUCCGAAACUGGGUAUCCAUCAUCUAUAAACACAACACCAGUAGAGUCUUGACCAAUGGCAUCCCCUCCAAUCCCAUACCCAUUCAUUCUGGAGUAAGACAGGGCUGCCCACUAUCGGCCAUGCUCUACACCAUCACCAUAGAACCACUCAUUGCAAGCCUCCGCAACAACCCUCUAUUCACAGGUUAUCCCCUACAAGGCGCAAAUGGCAAAAGCCUCAAAACACAGGAAUACAUGGAUGAUGUCACGAUAGUCACAACAGAACCACAGUCUAUCCCCCAUGUCAUCCAGUCCAUCGAUUCCUCCUGUAAAGUGUCAGGCGCAAUAGUGAAUGAGACCAAGAGCGAGGAUGAAAACUAA